CUCGUCCGCUCCGCCAAUCGGGAGCUCGAAAACUCGGGACAGUGUUCGGCCGCGCUACGUCCGCGUUUGCCCGUCACACCGUUCAACGUUUUCGAGUGGAAAACUUUGGAAGUUGGACAAACAAGACAGCAAAAGAGGGAGUCUGGUUCCACUUUGGACGCUGGGUUUGGCCCCCUUGCCGCCCCCGUCCGAGCCCCGCCAUGCCUCUGGUCACCAGGAACAUCGAACCGCGCCACGUGUGCCGCCAGUCCAUCCCCACCAGCAUCCGCAGCGAGCUGGAAUGCGUCACCAACAACAGCUUGGCCAACAUCAUCCGUCAGCUGGGCAGCCUCAGCAAGAAUGCGUCCGACGUGUUCAUGGCGCUGUUCGAACAGGCGGAAGACUUUGCCACCAGGGUGGAUUCGCUGGGGGAUAGAGUGGACCGCCUGCAGGUCAAAGUCACGCAGCUGGACCCCAAAGAAGAGGAGGUCUCUCUUCAGGCCAUCACCACUCGCAAGGCUUUCCGCAGCAACCUGAUUCAGGACCAGCAGCUCUUCACCAGGCCGUCGCUGCCCAUGCCCGUGCAGGACACCUACGCCACGUGCAACCCACCGCCGCCGCUCAACCUCCUCAGCCCAUACCGCGAGGAUGGAAGAGAGGCCCUCAAUAUUUACACCAAUCCUUCCUACUUCUUUGACCUGUGGAAGGAGAAGAUGCUGCAGGACACCAAGGACAUCAUGAAGGAGAAACGAAAACACAGAAAGGAGAAGAAAGACCACCUGAACCAGCGCACCCUCAACCCCCGCAAGAUCAAGACCAGGAAGGAGGAGUGGGAACGCCGCAAGAUGGGCGAGGAGUUUGUGGUCCCCAAGAAUGAACUGAACUCCUCUGAGGGUCUGAAUGGAAGUAUCUGUUCUGGCGACGGCUUCACCUCGGAGGGCCUGGACUUGAGCACGGGUUCCUACGCUUACGACCCGGGUUCCUCACCGCCCGGCCCCGACGACUUCCUGCCUCCCCCGCCUCCAGACAUGGGGUACAACGACGGCCACUAUGGUGGUGCCACCCACAAGCGGGUCAGCGUGCUGAGCCCCAACCACCCACCUCCUGCUCCCCCGCCGGCCUCGCCCCAGUCCAACUCUCGCCCUCACAUCUCGCCCCCUCCAGCACCUCCUCCCCCGCCGCCCUCCGGAUUUGGGGUCCCCCCGCCUCCCCCUGGAUUUGACAGCCCUCCUCCUCCUCCCCCACCCUCCGGCGCCUAUCUCUCUCCGCCUGCUCCGCCUCCCCCUCCCAACAUGUCCUCCAUGUCCCCUCCGCCGCCGCCUCCCAUGGCCGCCGGAGGCGGCCCUCCACCCCCUCCGCCGCCGCCCCCACCCCCCGGCCCGCCUCCGCCGUCCUUUGACGCCCCCGCUCCCUCUCUUCCCUCUGCUGCGAUGGCGACCAGCGCCCCCAAGCCGCAGCCAGUGCCCGCCCCUGCCGGCGACGCCCGCAGCGACCUGCUGCAGGCCAUCCGACAAGGCUUCAACCUGCGCAAGGUGGAGGCCCAGCGGGAGCAGGAGAAGAGCGACCACUUUGGCAAUGACGUGGCUGCCAUCCUGUCGCGACGCAUCGCUGUGGAGUGCAGCGACAGCGAGGACGACUCGUCGGAGUUCGACGACGACGACUGGUCUGAAUGAUGAUCAUGGCCGCCUUUUCUUUUUUUUUCUCUUUUCGCCUUUCAAUCACUAGCAAGCACUCAGGUUAGCACAAUCAUUCCUUCCUUUCUUCUAUUUAACAACAACGCUGCACAAACUUUGUGCUCCGUUCACACGUGUAACAUGUCUCUCUGCCGACAUCUUCUCUCAUCGUUCCUUCCUGUUCCUCCGCUGCUGCCGAGUGCCAGAUUGAAUCUGCUUUAGUGCCUUCUGGCAGCGGAUGAUUGAGCGGGAAUAAGUGCCACACAUCCUCGCUAAUUAACGCCUCUAACGUCUUUAAGUAGUUAUUGUCUGUGCGUGCGUCAGCAUGGGAACAUGUUCGUAUUCGGUGCAAAAGAAACAGGAAGUUGCAGCGGUACCAUAACGCAGACGUGCAGGAGGAGACACGUAUGUCAUUUACGUGUGACGCGCUUCCUAUUUAGUGGCUUUUUUUCAAGAUGAAUUAAAUUGCAAAGUUAUGCUAAAAGUGCACGCAGAAAGCUUUGCCAAAGUUCUUUUUAUGAUUAUUUGUAUGAAAACAGCUUCUCGUUUCUUGUGUGAACGCUUAAGUCCCAAAGACUCAAAACAAAUUUAUUUUAUCUGGGUUAAAAUGUAAUAAAUUUGCCGAAUGUG